UUAUGAUUUAAUUUUAUUUAUUCAAUUGAUUAGUUUGGUUAUGAUCAAACCAAACAAACAAAAAACGAAAACAAACUCAACGAUGUCUUAUUCGACGACGACAACGACUACAACAUUUUUGUUGGCAACAAUUUUUCUAAUCGGUUUAUUCGAAAUCAAAUCAAUACAAUCGGCAAAAUUACAGGUACCGUUUCAAGAUCUGGCAACACCUAAACCGGCAAUAUCAAGUAAAAUUUAUUAUCUAACUGAAUCAUGUUCGAUUUGUGAAAAAUUUCGUCCGGAUUUUACACGGGUAAAAAAACCACCCGGUCUUAAUGAAACUUUGGAAUCCGAACCAUCAACCGAACCGAAACCAGAUUCAGAUGAUGGUGAAACAUUAAAACGUGUACCACGUCAAACAUCAUUAGCAACAAAAUUAAAAGGUGAUGAUCCAGAUAAAGAUAUUAUUUUGUUAGAUUAUCGUAAACAAUCAUUAAAUGAUAGUGAUUUACAACUGAAUGGUACAUGGUCAUGGAAAAAAUCGUUUAAAAAAAUUCAUGCUAAAUGGAUUGAACGUAAAAAUGAUACAUCGAAAAAAAUUCAACAAGAUGUGGUGGCAAAAUUAAAAAUAGAAAAAACACCUGAAGGUGAAGAGAAAAAAAAAUUAGUUUUAGAAUUUAAGAAAAAAAUUCAAAAUCUUACAUCAUUAAAUUCAAUGAUGAUGAUCGAUGAACCAUAUAAUGCACAAGAAUUUGAAGAAGAAAUGCUUGGAGAUGAUGAAGAUAAUGGUGAUAAUGAAGAUGGUGAAAAGGAAAAAAUUCUUGUUAAACGUGAAAUUAAACAAAUAUUUUUGGAUCCAAUCAAACAACCAUCGAUUGUUAUACGUUCGAAACGAUCGACAGCAAUCGAUACAUCGAAUGAUCCAACUGGUAUGAAUACGGAUAAUCCAUUGAUUGAAAUGACAACAUUACCAACACAGAUUUUCGAUGAAAAUGAUCAACUUUUAACAAAUGAUAAUGUAACUGAAUUGAAAAAGAAUGGUACCUAUGAAAAAUGUCGACUAUUGAUACGGUUGAAAGCAAAUCCCGAAGAUAUUAUUACCGAUACAGCGGAAGAAGAAGUAAAAGAAAAAGAAUUAGAUUCGAAAGUUGUUACUGAAGAUAAAAAAGAAACAUCGCCUGAACCAAAUGUAGCAGAUUCUGUGGAAAAAGUAGACGAAAUAAAAUCAUUGGAGAAAAUUACCGAUAAUGUUGUUGUUGGGGAACAAAAAGAAAAAGAAAAACAACCAGAAAAAUUGGUUGAAACGGAAGAAAAAUCAUCGAAUGUUUUGGAAGAACCAAAAAUGAUCGAAAAAGUAGCGACAAAAAUUGAAGAAACGGUUUCAGACAUGGUUUCUCCAUCAUCACCGGCACCGGAAUCGACAUUGACAAAAGAAGAGGAAAAAUCUACAAAUACUGUUGAAGAAUUGAAACCAAUUUUAACCAUUUCUGAUGACGAAAAAUUAAUCGCAGCAGCAACAACAACAACGAAAGCGGAAACACCGAUCGAAAGCUCAUCACCAUCUUCAAAGGAAAAAGUAAAAGAAGAAGUUGAAGCACCAAAGGUCACGCCAAAAGAAGUGGAAGCACCAAAGAUCGAACCCGAAGAAGUGGAAGCACCAAUUGUUAAACCAGAAACAGUUGAAACACCAAAGGUCACACCAGAAGCAGUUGAAGCACCAAAGAUCAAACCAGAAGAAGUUGAAACACCGAAAGUCACACCAAAAGAAGUCGAAACACCAAAGAUCCAACCCGAAGAAGUUGAAACACCAAUGGUGAAACCAGAAGCAAUUGAAGCGCCAAAGGUCACACCAAAAGAAGUGGAAGCACCAAAGAUCGAACCCGAAGAAGUAAAGACACCGGAGGUGACACCAAAAGAAACAUCCACUAUAUCAACAGUAACAGUUUCAACAACUGAAAAACCGAAACCAAAACCAAAAUCAAAACCAACGAAUCUUCAACUUGGGCUUUUGAUUAAUAUUCGAAAAUUUGUUGAUGGAGUUUUUGAAUCAAUUGAAACGGAUGUAAAUCAAAGUGUCACUAAAAAACGUGAAAUCAAAAAAAUGAAUCCAUUUUGGAAAAAUGUAAAAAUUUUUACAUCCGAUCCAGAAAUGACUGAAUUCUUUUAUGAUGGUGAAAAAUUAACAUCAUUGGAUAAUGAAUUGACGAAAAAAUCAACCGACGAUGGAAAACUUCGACGAAAACGUUCGACAACGGUGAAAUCAAAUUCAUUUAUGGAUAUGAUCGAUAUGGAUGAUAUUGUACGAUUAUUAUCACCAAAUGGUACAAUCGAUUUGAAUAUUGCCGAUGAAAAAUGGAUAUUAUUGGAAAGAAAAAUUUUCUUCAACGAUGUUGAUAAUGAUAGUGAUGAAGAAUUGAUUUUGAAUCUAUAUUUUAAGCCAAAAGAAAAUGAAGAUGAAGAAAUGGUUGUUGAUGAUGGAUUGAAACGUUCGAAAAAAAUGAAAAAAGCACUUCAAUGUCCAACGGGAACAUUUGAUUGCAAUUCAGAUGGCCAUCUUUGUAUACCGAAUAGUUUAAUAUGUAACGGUGAAGAUAAUUGUGGUAAUGGUCAUGAUGAAAUGCUGAAUUGUGCACCAACAUUGAAUAUGUUCUAUGUAAAAGAUAUAACAUUAAGACGUCAUCCAAUUUCAAAUGAUGGUAAUGGUGGUUGGUUUGAUUUAGAUCCAGCAACUGAAGAAAUGUUUUGGCUGGGUACCAGAAUCCUGUUCAUUUUGUUUGCAACAAGUUUAUUCCUGUAUAUUUUAUUGCUGUUAUGUCGAAUGUGUGAUCGAUUAAGAUAUCCUGAUAAUCAAUAUGGAUCAUCAUCAGCAGCAUCAAUGUUUUUAAUACCAAAAGGAAAUUAUAUUUCAAUAUCAGGUGAUACAAUUGAACGUAAACCAUAUCAGGCAUGUCAACCGAAAAAAUCUUCAACAGGAAAAUCAAGUCGAAUGGAUAAUCAAGGAUCAAAAAUACAUGAAUAUAUUUAUGUGAAUAAUAAUUAUGGUCAACCACAAGGUUCAACAAUUGUAUCGACCGAUGUACAACCACCAACAUAUGAUAAUCGUAGCCGAAGAAGUGGACAAAGAGGUCAACAACAACAUCGUCGUCAAUCAUCCGAUAUAACAACCGAUGAUGAAUAUCCACCAUUGUAUGAAGAAACGAUUCGUAAUUAUGGAACAAAAAAAUGAUGAAAUGAAAUUCUAUUUUUGAAUUUUUUCAAAAAAUGAAAUGAAACCGGUUCAAACCAGAAUUUUUUUCUGUUUGUUAUCUGUUCAGGUCUCUUCUGUCUCUAAUCACA